AUGUCUGCCGAGAUUGGAGCAGCCAACACGCAAACGGCAUACGAAUUCUGCCAUAUGCACCGGCGCUAUGGAAACGGCAAUUGCCAAGCAGACAGAGCUACUAUAAUUAAUAACGUCUCGUUCCUUUGCACCGUGCUCUUGUCUGUGCACGGAUGUGCUGAAAAUUUUUCCCCACACGCUGCAAGUGCCGCCGGUAACGGAGCUCCAGAUCUCGAGCUAGCGUAG